CUUUGGAACUGAAACGGAGGAUCUUUGAUUGCACAGAGACUUCAACAAUGAAACAAGAGACGCUGACAUUGGUGCUAGUGAAUCUGGCUUCGAUUAUGGAGCGAGCCGAUGAGUCGGUUUUGCCCGGAGUGUAUAAAGAAUUGGGUCCUGCUCUACAUACAGACCCGACUGGGCUGGGUUCGCUUACUCUGUUUAGAUCCAUAGUUCAGUCUUCUUGCUACCCAUUAGCAGCAUACCUUGCUUCGCGUCACAAUCGUGUCCAUGUUAUUGCCCUUGGUGCCUUUCUUUGGGCUGCUGCCACCUUCCUCGUCGCUAUAUCCUCCACCUUCUUUCAGGUGGCAGUUUCAAGAGCUAAUGGAAUUGGACUUGCCAUGGUCAUACCUGCCAUUAAGUCCCUUGUAGCUGAUUCCACUGAUGAAACCAAUCGUGGUAUGGCAUUUGGAUGGCUGCAGCUAACGGGAAAUCUUGGCUCCAUCAUCGGAGGGCUUUGUUCUGUGCUAUUAGCCUCAACAUCAUUCAUGGGGAUACCUGGUUGGAGAGUUGCUUUCCUUUUGGUUGGGAUAGUAAGUGUAGUAGUAGGUAUUUUGGUCGCACUCUUUGCUAUUGACCCACGCUUUUCUGCCUCUGAUAAUAGAUCCAGGGACCAAAAUUGUGAGUCCUUUAUUUCAGAAUUGAAGGACCUGAUCAGAGAAGCAAAGUUAGUUAUGAAAACACCAACUUUCCAAAUACUUGUGGCUCAAGGUGUCUCUGGAUCAUUCCCUUGGUCUGCUUUAUCAUUUUCCGCUAUGUGGUUAGAACUUAUUGGCUUCUCUCAUGAAAAAACAGCAUUCCUUAUGACUCUUUUUGUGAUUGCCUGUUCCUUCGGUGGUCUAUUUGGAGGGUGGAUGGGGGAUAUCCUUGCUAAAUACUUCCCCAAUUCUGGGAGGAUAGUCCUGUCACAGGUAAGCACUGGUUCGGCAGUUCCUUUAGCAGCAGUUUUGCUGUUGGUUUUGCCUGAUGAUCCUUCAACAGCAUUCAUGCUUGGUCUGGUCUUGUUCAUCAUGGGCCUGUGCAUAUCCUGGAAUGGUUCAGCAACAAACAAUCCAAUACUUGCAGAGAUAGUUCCUGAGAAAUCUCGAACAAGCAUCUAUGCCUUGGAUCGAUCAUUUGAAUCAAUACUCUCUUCAUUUGCACCCCCUGUAGUUGGGAUUUUGGCUCAGCAUGUUUAUGGUUAUAAAAUUACCAAAACAUCAUCAGACACAGACAAAGUUGAAACAGAUAGAGAAAAUGCAGCAUCCCUUGCCAAGGCACUAUACACAGCAAUUGGCAUUCCAAUGGCAUUGUGUUGCUCCAUCUAUUCCUUCCUUUAUUAUACGUACCCAAGAGACCGGGAGCGUGCAAGGAUGAGUGCUUUGAUAGAAUCAGAAUUGCAACAACUAGAGACAGAUAGGUCUCCUUCAACAGAAGAAUACUCGCAACUACAAGUUUCAGGAUCAACAGGGAUGAAUGGAAAGGAAAGAAGCAAAAUUGACUUGGAGAAUGGGAAGGAUGAGAGCAUUGAUUUGGAUGAUAAUGAUGAGAAGCCUCUGCUUGCUCAUCAGCUAACAUUCUCAAACAUAAGAGACUGAAGAACCUGUCAUUGCAGAAGCUGGUUACUGUCCAUUUUAGUCUUCUAUACACUCUCAAAUGAUAAGUUGAAGAAACUUCAUCUCUUCUGAACUUCUGAAAUUUUUACAUGCCUUUUAAAGGUUACAAUUAAGGGAUUUUUAUUUACUCUGAGGUCUAUAUUUCUUCAGACAUGAGUAAAUUCACUUGUUCCA